AACGCGGCGAGCGCUUGACACGGCAUCUCAAACCCACCGCUCACUGCAGAGAAAACUCACGCGAAACACAACCUAACUUGGAUUUAAACAAUGACUUUUGAAGAACUUAGUGGACAAGAUAACGUAGCUGCUACUGGCGAUAGAAUGCAGAGCGCAGGAACGGCUCUAGAGGAGCUUCUGGUCUCCGCUAAGAAGCAGGACUGCCUUACCGUUGGGGUGUAUGAGUCUGCACAAGUCAUGAAUGUUGACCCAGACAGCGUGGCUUUUUGCGUCCUGGCUACAGAUGAGGAGUAUGAAUGUGAUAUCGCCUUGCAGAUCCACUUCACUCUCAUCCAAGCCUUCUGCUUCGACAACGACAUCAACAUUGUUCGUGUGAAUGACAUUGAACGUCUUGCUGACAUUGUGGGCAGCAAUCAGGAUGAGGAACCUAAGGACGUACACUGCAUGCUUGUACGGUGAGUUGCUCAACUCCUCUUUACUGCAUCUACACCUACUAUUGUCAACGCCUACAUUUGUACUACAUCUGCAUGUCAUACUAAUAUCGCUGCUUUUUUUUUUUUCAAAGAGCCCAGUGCUGACUCAUGGAAAGAUUCUGCUCUUGAGAGAUUGGGCUUGUUCUGUGAGGAGAGCCGCAAUGUCUAUGAAUGGGUGCCUACUAUUACUCUGCCAGAGCGCUGAUAGGAGAUGGCUUUGGCAUGUGAAUGAAACCAGAAACAAGUCGAAGAUGUCCAUCCUAAAGGGUACACCGGUGCAAAGCAAGAAAGCUUUGAGAUAUUGUCUGGAUUACCCUCACAACUGGGAAGAUAAAAGUGGACUGACCCUGCUUACGGUUGGCCGUCCUGGAAAAGCUGAUUUUCAGAAUCUUUUCUUGGACGAGCAUGGAAAAGUCAAGUCUCCAGUGCCACUCAAGUCUGUUGAGUGGAGACGAAAAGGACCGGUGGACUGUGAGAGCACGUUUAUGAGAUUGACGGCGAAGAGGAGCAUUGGAAUUGAUGUUCUGGAGGAAUGAGAUGUGGAUUUUAAAGAGGAACUAUGUUUAAGUGACAUUUUGAUGAUGUUUUGAGGUCUAAUGGGCACUUGGGAUGUUGUUUGAAAAAGAUUACUUGGACACUAGCGUAACUAGUCUUUUGUGAUUAUCCUGGGGGAAAAAGAUGGAUUUUUUUUUUUCAAAGUUGUGCUUUUUGUCAAAUAUUCACAAUGCAAUGUAAAAAUUGUGGUGAAGAAGCCACCAUUUCUGCAAUAAAUGUAAAGAAUAAAUACCUAUUAAAA